AUGGGGAAGAAAACCCUGAUAAGCAAAUGCCUAGCUGGCAUUGUCAUUCUUUUAGCAGCUACCACCUUGGCUUCAUUUGUUGCCUUAUUAGUGGGCUACUCACAAUACAGGGAGACACACAAUGCAACAGUGGCACCUGAGGAUAUUCCCACCAGCACGACACCUACAACUCCGUGGGGCCAGUGGAGCGAGAUAAGGCUGCCGGACACAUUGGCACCAGAGAAGUACUCCGUAACUCUAUGGCCUCGGCUGAUUCCCGAAUCCAGUGGCCAGUACAUUUUCAAGGGGAGCUCCAGCGUCUCUUUUCGAUGCAUUAAAAAGACAAAUAUCAUUGUCAUUCACAGUUACAAGCUGAAUUUGGUCACAUUUGAUGGAUUUUAUGCAAAGCUGAGUGGACGAGAUGUUCCAAGCCAACCAAAGAUUAAGAGUACCUUUUUCACAAAGGAUACUCAGUACCUGACAGUUGAGCUCAAAGAGGACCUGAUACCUAGAAAAAUCUAUGACCUGUACACUGAAUUUAGUGGGGAGCUGUCAGACGGAGGGAGCGGCCUUUACAGAACUGAAUACAUGGAAAAGGGAGUAAAAAAAAUCAUGGCCACUACCCAGAUGCAACCUACAAGUGCAAGAAAGACAUUUCCAUGCUUUGAUGAGCCAUCUAUGAAGGCCAAAUACAAUAUAACUCUGAUCCAUGAGACCAAUAUCACAGCGCUGUCCAACACCCUAAACAUAAGCUCUGCUAUCAAGACCCUAGAAGGUGGAAGGCGGAGAAUCACUAGAUUUGAAGGAACGGAGAAAAUGUCAACCUAUGUUCUGGCCUUUAUAAUUUGUGACUUUAAGAUGAUAUCUGCAGGGGACGACAGAGGAGAGGUCCGAGUGUGGGCCCGGACAUCAGCUAUCAAUGACGGACACGGCAACUAUUCCUUGUUAAUUGCAACAAAAAUGGUAGUGUUCUUCGAGAGCCUGUUUGCAGAAGACUAUGUCUACAGAAAAGCAGACCACAUUGCUGUCCCUGACUUCUAUGGUGGGGCAAUGGAGAACUGGGGUCUCAUUACGUACCGUGAAACAGCUUUGCUCUUUGAUGCAAACAUCUCCUCACUUGCUGAUCAAGAGUAUGUCACUACUGUAGUGGCUCAUGAACUGGCCCAUCAGUGGUUUGGAAAUCUCGUUACGAUGAAUUGGUGGAACGAGCUGUGGCUGAGUGAGGGCUUUGCUACUUAUUUCUCCUACUUUGGCGUGGAUGCAAUGGAGAGCAGCUGGAACUUUAAAGACUUCAUGGUGCAGAAAGAGGUCUACAGGGCUUUUUCACAGGACGCCCUUAACUUUUCCCAUCCCCUGAGCAGCCCAACUAAAGAAGUCAACACUCCUGGUGAAAUCGAUAAACUUUUUGAUCACAUCAGCUACAGUAAGGGUGCUGCUGUGCUGAGGAUGCUCUCUUACAUGGUGACAGAAAAUGUAUUUUUAAGAGCAGUGCAGAUUUUGAAGGCAAACCCAGAUGUUAAGUUGCCAGCAGAAAUUGAUGUGAUUUUAGACCGGUGGAUUCUACAGAUGGGUUUUCCUGUUGUGACCAUUAACACUACAAAUGGAGAAGUUUCCCAGAAACAUUUCCUACUCUAUCCUGAUUCUGUUGUCCACAGGAAAUCCAAAUUCAACUACACGUGGAUUGUUCCCAUUACAUGGAUUAAAAGUGAAAAUGCCGAGUCCAUGAUGUGGCUGUGGAACUCAACAGAAAUCUAUUCAAACAUGACAUCUAACACAACAGACUGGGUGCUGGCCAACAUAAACGUAACUGGAUACUAUAGGGUGAAUUACGACAUGAGCAACUGGCAAAAGCUCCUUGGGCAGCUGCAAAGUAAUCAUUCGGUAAUCCCAGUAAUUAACAGAGCGCAGAUAAUUGAUGACUCGUUUCACCUUGCCAGAGCUGGCAAAGUGCCUAUUACACUGGCCCUGAACAGUACAAAAUACUUAGUCAAUGAAACGGAAUAUCUGCCCUGGAAAGCAGCACUGGACAAUUUUGAAUAUCUCUCCCUCAUGUUUGAUCGAACUGAGAUUUAUGGACCGAUGCAAGCUUAUCUUACAGAGCAGAUGGACCCAUUGUAUAACUUCUAUCAAUCCCUCACUUUCAACUGGACACAGAGACCUGAGGAAUUUACUGAGCAGUACAAUGAGGUCAAUGUUUUGAGCAUAGCUUGCCACUCUGAGAAUGAAGAAUGCCAGACCUUGGCCACCAGCCUUUACAGCCAAUGGAUGAGCAACUCCAGCCUCAACCCGAUCCACCCAAAUUUGCGGAGCACCUUCUACUGUACUGCAAUUGCUGCUGGAGGUGUAAGGGAGUGGGACUUCACUUGGAAGAUGUUCAAAGAAACAAAUCUGAAGGCCGAAGCAGACAAGCUGAGAUAUGCUAUGUCUUGCUCCAAAUAUGUCUGGAUUUUGAGCAGAUAUCUGCAGUACUCCCUGAACCGGUCCAUGAUCCAGGAAAGCGAUUUUGUUUCAACUGUGGCUGCUAUUGCAAGCAACGUGGUGGGCCAGUCUCUGGCAUGGGACUUCAUGCAAACCCACUGGGCAGAGAUUUCCAAAAAGUAAGGCACAUGUUCUUCUAGCUUCAGUGGCCUUCUAGAAAGUGUGACUCGCAGAUUCUCUUCAUGGAUGGAACUCAGACAGCUGGAAGAGUUCAUACAGGACAAUAAAGGCUCUUUAGAGUCGACACAAACACUGGAGCAGAUAGUGCAGCGUACCAAGGAGAAUAUCAAAUGGGUGAACAGCAACAGGGAGGCCGUGUCAAACUGGCUUCAGGCACAGACGCGACCCGACGCCGCUGAAUUGUGAACAAAAAUAGAACUUGUGGACCCUCGGAAAAAAACAGCUGCUGGCAGACAUUAGUUUUCCAUCCAAACGUGAAACGUCUAAGCACUUUAUAUAUUUUCUUAUUUUUGUCAGUCAUCAAAUGCUCAAUGAUUGCUGUCCCUUUCUAUUUAUUUGAAGCAUUACUGACUUUUAUUUAUUUGACAUGAUAGCGUUUAUAAAGUUAGUUACUUGUAAACCUAUUUUUAUUUGAAAAAUAAUUUAGUACCUUCUGAUAAGAAAUGCAUUCAAUGCAGAAUGACAUCUUUUAAGUGACCACAGGCCUAAUCAAAUCAAACACACUGCACACACCCUAAAAUGACGUGCAUUUGACGGGCCUUUAAAGUGUCUCAAUAAAUGACUACCACCGAGUCACAACGAAAGAUACUUGUUGUCAUUCAACCUUUUUAAAUUAAGAGCUUUGAACUGUCCUGUCUUCAAGUAUUAGUUCUGUACUUAGUUAUGAAUUAGAGAUUUAGCAGAAAGACUACCAAUGUAAAUGAAUGAAUAUUUCUGUAGCUGCUCAGAGUCCUUUAUAAAAUGCUAACAUGUGGUAGACACUUUUGGAAAAACUGACAGGUGAGCAAGCCACGGUACAACUGUGAGACGCGCAGCACUCGCCGGC